UGUUAGACAAAAGGAGCUAAAGGAAAAGGAUCAAGACUUAUUGCAACAUACUGAGGUUAUUUCUUUUAUUAUACUUAAAGAAGCUGAAUGUAAAGUAAAUGUUGCCAUCAGUAGCAAAGAGAAGGAAGCAAUUGACUUGAAACAGGAAAUAUCAGUGGCUCGAGUAAUUGAGAAGGAAUCAUUGCUUGUUCAAAGUGAUACUGAAUCAAUUAAAGUUGAGGAAGAGCCACUUUAUGAAGAGUUGACUGUAUUGAGCUCUCAGUUUAAUGAGAUACAAAACAAAAACAAAGAAUUGUCAGACAAAUUAUUAAAAAUGAAGGUUGAUUAUUUGAGAUCACUUACUAGUGAUACCAAUUCAGCUGCUAGCAAACUGAGAAGAGGAAUAUCUUUUGAAAUUGAUGACUGCAAAUUUCAUCUUAAAGCAAUGACAAGUCCAGACUAUCAGCCAUUAGUAGAUAAUAAAAGAAUAAUAGAGAAAUUACAAGAAAGAAUAACAUUAAUGAAUAUGGAACUAAUGACUGAAAGAGAACGCAAUGAGAAGAUUAUAAAAGAUAUUAAAGAUUUGAAAGAUGAAGAGACUGAGGGUGCUGGAGAUGAAGAGACUAGAAAUAAAAGGAUUGGGCAUGAUAGUCUGAAUGAUGAAACAAAGGAUCAAAUAUGUUCAUUCACAUUGUAUUGUAAUCAUCCUGUUACUGAAGAAUUCAUGGACUCAAUACUUGAAGUACAUAAAGAUGAAUUGCUACCCACAGUGCUGGAUAAAGCUUAUGAGUUAAUGGAGUUAGCUCCUUUUAUUCCUAUUGAGAGAUGUCGUUUAGUUAAAUAUUCCUAUGAAGAUGAUGUAAUGGAGCAAUCCUUGGAUCUUGAUGAGUUUCAGCAUCAAACUAUUGGACAGAUUGCUGGUGGGACUAGACAUUAUCCUUUUGACUUAUUCAUAGAAACUCGUGAAGAAAAUGAAAUUUUUGAUAAAUACAAUGAAGGAGGCAAUAAUAUAAUAUUAAUGAAUAAGACUGAACACCUCAUUUCUGCACCAGAAAGACAUCCAUUACAAAACAAGUGGGUUUUAUGGUAUUUGAAAAAUGACAAGCAAAAAAAAUGGAAAGACAAUUUAAGAAAGAUCAUUUGCAUUGAUACGGUUGAAGAAUUUUGGUCUGUGUACAAUCACAUCAAACCACCAAGCCGAAUUAGCAGUGGGUGUGACUACAUGCUAUUUAAAGAAGGUAUUGAACCAAUGUGGGAUGACAAAGCAAAUAAAGAUGGUGGUAGGUGGUUGUUAAAUAUUGAUAAAAGAGAAAGAAAAGAUGGAGUUUUAGACAAUGUUUGGAUUGAAACAUUAAUGUGCUUAAUUGGGGAAGUUUUUGGUGAUAGUAGUGAUGAUAUAUGUGGAGCUAUGGUACGAAAUAGAACAAAAGGAGACAAAAUAUCUAUUUGGACUAGAUUUGCUAAAAAUAAAGAGCAUGUUCACAAAAUAGGUCAUGUAUAUAAAGAGAAGGUACAGGUGCAUAUUCACAGACGAUUUCAAAUACAAUACCAGUCACAUCUUGAUGUCGCAAAGAAGAUAGGGUCUAGCAGUAGAGCACUAUUUACUAUAUAACCUGUCCGCACAUUGAUAGGAGCUAAUUAAGACAAUAAUUAGAGUCACAUUUUAUUGUCUAUUAUUGUACUGCAAUAUACUUGGCAUAAUUUUGGUUGGAAAAAGCUAUUGUAAAUUGCA